GGUUGAUCAAGCUCGGUCUGUCCAUCUUGCUACUCGGAGCUCUCCUUUACUGAAUGGGACCUUUUCAGUAACUUGAACCUCCCCCUCAUCCAUUUCCGUGCCCUCGCCGGGCCUUUCGUCUCACCUCGCCCGCCCCUCUUCCAUACCAUGACUACCCAGGCGCUCAGCUCGUUGCUACAACGGGCGUCCAUUGACGACCAUGAAGAAGUCCUACAAUCCUCCAUCGCCGCGCUGGCUAAAUCCAAGUCGGAUCUUCGCGCCCAGCACGUGAAGGCAGUGGCUCUGCUGAAGCUCGACCGCUACGAUGACUGCCUGCGUGUGUUUGAAGAAGCCGGCGAUGGCUUGAAGAAGACCGCCGCCCUGGAGUACGCCUAUGUGCUGUACAAGUCUGGUCAGCUGGAGUCGGCGAUCGACGUGGUGUCCCGCUUGGCUGGGGAUAGAGGUGCGCUUCAUCUCGAGGCUCAGGCUAGUUACCGCUCCGAGAAAUUCCGGCGCGCAGCCGAGAUCUACGACGAAUUGUUCCAAGCCGAGGCAUCCCAGCUCAACGAAGAGAAUGAUUUGCGCAUCAACGCGUGGGCCACGGACGCACAGCUGCAGUGGAAAGGAUACCCCGAGUUUGUACGACACAACCGGCCGACAAGAGAAGACCUGGAGGCAUUUGAGACUGUCUACAAUGCGGCUUGUCUGAGCAUUGCCAAGGGAGAGUUCCGACAGGGAGAAGUGCUGCUAAAGCGGGCAAAAGAACUUUGCCGCACAUCGGAGGAUCUUACACCAGAGGACCGGAAUGCGGAGCUGCUUCCGAUUGCCGUGCAGCAGCUGUACGUUCUGCUCCGUCAAGGCAAGUCCGAGGAGGCCCAAUCCGUGCUGGAGGAAAUUUCCGUCAAAGAGAUCCCCGAACUCUCGACGAGAAAGAUCGCGCAAACCAACAUCACUCUUGCUCGCGGCGCCUCCGCCAACCCCUUCGCUCUAUACAAAGCUCUACACGAAACCCCCGAGACUCCCGACAGCGACAAGCUGUUCGACUACCAAGAUAACAUCACGACGGGCAACUCGCAUGCGGCGGAUCUUCUCGUGCAGAAGUACGACGGUAUUAUCCGCUCCACGUCCAAGGCUCUCUCCCAAGCCGCCUAUCCCUCGACGGAACCCCGCGCCGGCCUGCUGUCCGUCUACAACGCCGCCGCCCAUGCUCGCGGGGAGACGGGCACGAAAGCCCUCAAGUCCAUACUCGCUGCCCUCGAGAACCGGCCCAAGGACAUCGGGCUAGCCCUUACGGCCGUGCAGCUCUACGUGGCUGCCGGCAACACCACGUCCGCGAUCACCACGCUGGAGAAGACCCUUCAACUGCUCGACGAGUCCACCUCGGAGCAGGACAAGGCCGUCCGCUUCAACCCCGGCUUGCUGGGCAUUCUGGUCUCGCUCUACAAACUGGAAGGCCGCAAAGUCCAGAUCAGGAGCGAACUCGCCAAGGCCGCCACCUACUGGCAAAGCCAGGCGGAACCCCCCGCGUCGCUGCUCCGGGCCGCCGCGGCCUCCCUGCUGCAUUCGGACGAUCGCUCCGACCUAGUCAUGGCCGGCGACCUCUUCAAGUCUCUCUACCAGAAAGACACGAAGGACCGUUUCUCCGUGGCCGGCUACGUCGCCUCCCAAGCCACCCUCGAUUACUCCAAGGUCCAAGCACAGGUCGACAGCCUCCCCUCUGUCGCCGAACUGAUCUCUGGCGUCAAUGUAUCCUCCCUCGAGUCCGCCGGCAUCUCCCCGUCUUCCUCCGCCAACGCUGCCGCUGCCGCCGCCCUGGCCGGCGCCAGAAAGAGACCCUCCGCGAACAAGGAAGAUCGCGGGACGAAGCGCGUCAGGAAGUCCCGUUUCCCCAAGGACUACGACCCGUCCAAGACCGCCGACCCGGAACGCUGGCUUCCUCUUCGCGACCGCUCCAGCUACCGGCCCAAGGGCCGCAAGGGCAAGCAGCGCGCCGCGGAGCGGACGCAGGGUGGUGUGGUCAGCGAGAAGGCCGAGGAGUCGACCGUCUCUUCCGCCGCUCAGCAGAAGCCCCAAGGUGGAGGUGGUGGGGCCAACUCGAAGAAAAAGAAGAAGGGAAAGCGGUAGAUGUGUUGCUGUCUUCUGCUGCUGCCUUGCUUUCUCCUAUUCAUGAGACAUGUCUUGCAUUAGAUGGCAGAAAUUUGGGAAGUGUGUAUGUAUGUACGCGUGUGUGUGUGUUGUUGUUGCAUGAAAUGAAGCAUGUAGAAUUAAAUGCGAAUGUUUGGCUUGGCUAAUCUGAUGAAUGAACGGCCUCUCUCCCGAGAAGCAAUCCGAGCAUACUAAAU